AUGGUGAAUAAGUGGCCAAAAACGAAUGAAACUGAUUUACAGCUAUACGCAAUACCGUUGGGUGGAUAUGUAACUCGACAGAGAUGUACAGCGAGCGGCAGCGGUAGCACUUUUGUUCAAGGGUUUUUGGAUAGUCAGUGGAAGCCGGAUAUGACAGUAGACGAAUGCAAAGAAGUCGUGAAAACGGCCGUUGGUCUUGCAACGUAUCGCGAUGGCUCAUCUGGUGGUGUGAUUCGUUUAGCGGUCGUUGAUAAGAAUGGAACAACCAGAUCGUUGCUUCGGCCGGAUACGAAUCAGUUCCCGAAAUUCGUGAACAUUCCGGCACAUCCAAGUUUCCCGAAGCAUCUCGUUCAGUGA